AUGUGUUCUCUUCCAUAUACAUUUACCGACAAUACUCUAUUUAAUACAAUCGAUCUCAUCGAUGUAUUAUUCAACAACAUCGAACAAGAGAAACAAAUACAAAAUAGUUUAUCUAUAGCACUUGCACCUCUAUGGUAUGGUGCAAUAUGGUUGUUUAUCUUGUUCACUAAAGAUCAAAAAAUACCAAUUUCUUUUCUUCAUGCACUUCAAUGUCCAUACAGUCAAGAUAAAGUAUUGGUAAUAUCAUGCGAAAGAGGAAUAUUACCAGACAAUAUACAUGAUCACCUACAGUUGACACAUUUCAGUACACUACAAUUGAAUAGUUCCUUUUACUUCAACAGUUCUUAUGAUUUUACACAAUCAGUUGCUUGGUUUCGUUUAUUACCAAAUGUAAAAUGUCUUUACGUCAACUCAACUGAACUAAAACAUUGGUUUACAAGUGAUGAUAACAGACAACAAUUUUUGAACACUUUUCUUGGACGUCUUGAUCGAUUAUAUAUUGAUUGUGAACCACUUAUCAACAUGAAUCAAAAUGAAGAAAUUAUACUACCACUUCUAUCAUUCAUUAUUAAUAAGCAACGUUUUCCUAAUUUGAAGUAUUUACGUUUUAUUAAUUGCAAAUAUAUCUCAUCGUCAUGGGUCAAUAUUAAUAAAUGGAUUGAAUUCAUUUUUAUUCAUAUUAAUCAACAUCAACUUCAAUGUUUACGUUUUGAUUUUAUUGAAAAAGAAGAAAAAAUACCUGAUGUUAAGACUAUUGAUGAAAUAAUAAACAUAACUGAAUCUUUAUGUAUUAUCGAUAUCCAACGAUUUAUAUCGGAAGAUUAUAUUUCAUAUUGGAUAGAAAGAAAAUAA